GUCACUGCGUUUAAACAAAUCACUAACACAUGAUGCACUAGUCUCCUCUAAAUGCCAUAUGAACACAUACAUUGUGCCUAUGUAGAGUCCCUUUACUUAUCUCCUCUUUGGUCCCUAGUAUAAUCUACUCCCAAAAGAAGAAGAGGGAGAAGAACCAUGAAGUAUUUUUGUGUAAUCUUAGUAGCACUGAUAAGUUGCUUCUUCUGUGACCAUGUUAGUGCUGGUGCAAGAGCUAGAUGCAUGGAUCCUUACUUUGGAAAUUGCUAUGGAAUCCCUCUAAAAUGCCCGCCUGGUUGCCCUAAACUUUGCGAGGUUGAUUGCAAAGCAUGCAAACCUUACUGUGAUUGUGACAAGCCAGGGGCUGUGUGCCAAGACCCGCGCUUCAUCGGAGGCGACGGCAUCAUGUUCUACUUCCAUGGAAGGAAAGAAAAGGACUUUUGCCUUGUAACAAACCCAGAUAUACACAUCAAUGCGCAUUUCAUCGGAAAGAAGGGCAACAAAGGAAGGGACUUCACUUGGGUCCAGUCGAUCGGGGCCUCGUUCGGGUCGCACCAGUUGUACGUCGGCGCGAGAAACGUGGCAAACUGGACACAAUCCGAGGACUACAUGCACAUACAAUUCGAUGGAGUCGACGUCAACAUUCCACUAGGAAAUGGCGAGAUGUGGUUUUUUCCGGAUUCCGGUUUGACGAUCAAACGUGUAGGGCAGACGAAUUCAAUAGUGGCUGAAGUGGUCGGCGUGGUCAAGAUCAGAGUGAGAGUGGUGCCAAUAACUAAAGAAGAAUCAAGAGUUCAUGGAUACGACAUAAAGGAGGAGGAUUGUUUUGCUCACUUAGAGCUAAGUUUCAAGUUUAGCUCAUUGAGUAACUUGGUAGAUGGGGUGUUGGGACAGACCUAUGUGCCGGGUUAUCGUAGCAGGGUGAAAAUGGGCGCCACCAUGCCGAUCAUGGGGGGUGCGGAGAAGUUCGCGUCAUCGCAUUUGUUUGCUACAGAUUGUGCGGUAUCGAAGUUUGGGUUUAGAAGGGAGGGCGCAGAGCUUGAAGAUCCACGGACGGUUACUUGUGGAGCUACAGAGGGAGGAGUGGGGAUUGUCUGCAGAAGAUGAGAGACAGAGAGGGUCAAUAAAGUGUAAUUUGCUUGUGUGAGUUAUAUCUGCAUGUAUGUGGUAAAUGGUGAGCAAUAUUAUGUUGCAGUCAUGUUAUUAUU